AUGAGUUCCAUUCACGCCACUACUAGUACCAUCUCUCCUCAUUUCCUUACUCCAUCCUCAGCCUUCUCUCCAUUCUUUUUACCUCCAACAACUCCUUCUUGUAGACUUCUUCAAGAUGAAGCCUUGAAUACGAGUCAUACUCUCAAUAAUGGAGGAGGAGGAGGAGGUUCAGGUGCACCUGGCGGCGGUGGAGGAGUCUCCUCCUCUCUUCUCCUCUCCUCUUCUAUCAAGAAUUUCAAUGAUGUUUUCGAUCACUUGCUUGCUCACUCAGAUGUUCUUCAACAACAACAGCAGCAGCAGCAACAACAACGAUACGAAAGAUCACCUCUCCUUGAUAUGGCUCACUUGUUUAGCCCAUCCAAUGACUUUCUGAAUGCACUCGACUUUGGAUCCUUUGUGUCAUCCACGAGUCAUUCGAAUGACGAUUCAUCACCUUCAUCAUCCUCCUCCUCCUCAUCUUCAUCUCAAUGUAAAUCCAAGAAUGUGCCGUCUCUCACUUUGCAAGUCCCGGAUCUCUCCAAUUUGAGACCCAAAGCAAAGAAAGUUGUCGAAGUGAAAAACGCGAAAGAAGAAACCAAGAAGAAGCGAGGUGCAAAGAGAAAGAAGGAAGAAGAAGAACAACAAUCCGUUUGUAAUGAAGAAGAUGAAGAGGAAGAUGAUAAUUGCUCUGAUCUCUUGUCACAAUCGGAUCGAUCUUGGCAUGUUGUUCAUUCCAAUGAAAAGUUUAGAAAUCAUUUGAGCGUUCAUAUUACAAGCAAGACAAGAUGUGAGGAACCUUGUGAAUUUGUUCCAACCAAAUUGUAUUCAAGCUUGAAAUAUGAAAUUAGACAAUGUGCAAAAUUGAAUACUCAUGCCACUGAAGAUUUACCUUUCUUGCUGGGACGAAUUUCUAUGGUUGAUUCUCAAACUUUUGAAGAAAUUCAACAAGAUAACAAAUCGAAUCCAGUUUUGAAGGGUGUGACAGAAUCUGCUUUGACCAAGAAGCCAGAAAGUAAGAGUUCAAAGAAGAAUGCUAGCAGUGUUGCUUCUGUUGGUGGUGUUGAAGAGUUUAAUGGUACCUUGAAAGUUCAAUCAAGUACUGUUUCCUAUCACCACAAAAAGAUUAAUUUCUGUUGGCAGAUUAGCUAUUUCACUCCAUCUGAUUUGGAGAAUCCAAUUUUGACUAUGAGAUCUGCUGCAUUCAAGGUCUAUGCAAGAAAGCCAUCACAAAACAAGAAGAAGAAGCGCAACCCUCAACAAACAGACACAACAACAGCAAUGACAACAAGUUCAUCAUCAUUGUCACUUUCUUCCUUUGAUGAAUUUGCUAAUUGUGUGGACGAACUUGUAGAGUUCAGUAAGAAAUUGAAAGAUACUGAAAAGAAGAGAUCUAUUGAAUUGUUGUCAACCAAGUUGCUUCAAUUAGAUCCUGUUCUCUUCAAGGAAUGUUUAGAAUCUUUGCACAAGAAGAACUAA